ACUAUUUCCCCUUGUUUCUCGUUAACAGGUUUACGCUAGUAGUUCCUAAAGGUCCAAGUUGACAACUGCCAAUGCUUGUGGCGAGGGCUGGGAGGCUGUGUCUCUGGCAUAGUAUUAGUUGGUCCAUCCAUUCUAGCUGCCAUUCGAUUGUUGUCCAUUCCACCGGCCUCCGGAACCCCUCUGCUAAACUGUGCAUGUGGUGCAAGGUUUGUUCACAGGCAUGCCGGUCAUUCUCAAGUCUCGACGCUGCGCUUCCUCUCGUGCGGGCCAUGUCUUACCGUUGGCCAUUAUCAAAACCUUUGGAUCCCGAGACAUCUCGUCCUUUGCCCUCUACGUCGACCAUGUCCUCGCGCCCUAUUUUCGAGCCGAGAUUGAACGUCUCGAGCUUCCUGUAGACCAGCGGUGCAUCUGGUACCUCAACGUCUACUCGGUUCACAGUGGCCGCCCAUUCCGCGCAUGGAUGAAGGAGACGCACCCGUGGAUCAUCAUCAACUACAUCCUGGGUGGCUGUACCGGCAUCUUUCAACCCUGCGACGUCGGGAUCCAGAGACCUCUGAAGCACACGGUGAGACGAGCGGCACAUCACUACAAAUUCCAGGAAACUCUAUCCCUGCUCCAGCCAGGAGUCGACGCUGUCAAUGUUCAACUUGACAGAACAAUUGGUGUCGCCCGUGACCGUUCUAUUGAGUGGAUGGUGAGAGCAUAUGAGGCAAUCAGCAAUGUGGACCUUGUCAAGAAGGUAAGCGAGUUAUACCUUGAGAUGUGCGCCCGCAGUGCUAACCAGCUUGGCCCGCAGGCAUGGGAGCACUGCCAGGUAGACGAUACCUCAGGCUUCAAUCUGUCGUGGGAAAGUUUGACCAGCCGCGAAGCACGGCAGGCACUUAAUGAGCUGUCUACCUGAAUUCUA